GCUGUUGUGUGGGGGAAAAGUGGCCGGUCUCUCACUUUGCGCUCUUACAGCUACAGCUACACACCCGGUGUAACGUUCACUGACCGCUCGGCGGAUGUUGAAGUUCAUUCGCUUUAAUUGGACAUUAUAAAGUUCGGCAGGGUACACGGACACAAGUCUUUAUCCGCCCCUUUCUGUGCUUCCGGCUUGCUUUGCUCUCUUACGUACUACCGUCGUGACACGGGGUUUCCAUGGUUACAAAUAACAUUUAUUGGAUAUAGAAGAUCCCAACUUCCUUGACAGUUCCAGUAUCCGCCCACUGUCAACACAGAGAUCCGCCGGAGUCUCCACCUGAAUCCAGGAACGCUCUUCAGACUGAAGGCGCCCAGGUGUUGCGCUACUAUACUCUAUUUGGAAACGAAAACAAAAAAACAAACAAAAAAAAACUGCGAGCCACACUAAACUGCGUUUAACCGGGUAACUAUGCAGGGUAAAGGCACUUUUAUCAGCCCCUUUCACAGACCGCGGUGUCUGGCGGCAGCGGCACCGGCUGGGAAAGCGAAAUUAACUCAUCCGGGAAAAGCGAUUCUGGCAGGUGGAAUCGCAGGUGGCAUAGAGAUCUGCAUCACCUUUCCCACAGAGUAUGUCAAGACCCAGUUACAGCUGGAUGAGAAGGCCAAUCCACCAAAAUAUAGAGGAAUAGGCGACUGUGUGAAACAGACAGUACAGAGUCACGGUGUCAAAGGGCUGUACAGAGGUCUCAGCUCUCUGCUGUAUGGAUCCAUACCCAAAUCUGCUGUCAGGUUUGGGGUGUUUGAGUUCCUCAGUAACCACGCCAAGGAUGAGUCCGGUCGACUGGACAGCACCAAAGGCCUGCUGUGUGGGCUUGGAGCCGGGGUCAUGGAGGCUGUUCUGGUGGUCUGCCCAAUGGAAACAGUCAAGGUUAAAUUCAUUCAUGACCAGACAUCAGCCAACCCCAAAUACAAGGGAUUCUUCCACGGAGUCAGAGAGAUGAUCAGGGCUCAAGGAUUAAGAGGGACAUAUCAGGGUCUAACUGCAACAGUCUUGAAGCAAGGCUCCAACCAGGCUAUUCGAUUUUUCGUGAUGACUUCUCUCAAGAACUGGUACAAAGGUGAUAACCCCAACAAAGCAAUAAAUCCACUGCUGACUGGACUCUUUGGAGCCACAGCAGGAGCAGCCAGUGUAUUUGGAAACACUCCACUAGAUGUCAUCAAGACAAGGAUGCAGGGUCUAGAAGCACAUAAAUAUAAAAGCACGCUGGACUGUGCCAUGAAGAUCUUGAGAUAUGAAGGGUUGGCAGCGUUCUAUAAAGGAACAGUUCCCCGGCUUGGCCGUGUAUGUCUUGAUGUGGCCAUAGUUUUUAUCAUCUACGAGGAGGUCGUAAAGGUUCUGAAUAUGGUCUGGAAGACAGAAUAGGUGGUUGGACAUACGACGAAGGUGGCAACUUCCUCCUUCACAAGCAUCAGACAUAGAUCUGACUUCAGCAGGCCUCUUUUGUGUCAUGAAACCAACAGCAGAAGGGGUGAAAAAGAGAGCUGAACUUAGAUUAGUGUUGUAUGCAGAGCAGGAAGUCAAUAUACUCGGAGACAAAAGAAGAAAAGGGGGCCUGACAUCACCUACACCUAGUGUAAAUGAUGCUGAGCAUCAACAUUCCCUGACAAGAUUGAAGAAAAAGAAAGAUAAAUGAUAAUUAAAUAAUAUCAAUAAUAAUAAUAAAAAGAACCUUUAUCCUAAAGCUGCAUCACCAGUUUAUAAAUAUAUAUAAAAUACUGGCCAAUAGCAUCGCCAGCAGCAGCACCUUUAUUUUAAGUUAUCUGGUUUACUUUCUCUGUAAGCCUCUGUCAGGGAAGCGCAUUAUUUGUAGUCAUUCACAGCUGUUUUACUGCAAAUAUGCAGAUAUCCUGCUGGAUUUUCUUGAGUUUGCGUUGCUUUCUGUCUCUUCUAAAAGUCCAGAGGAGCCAGAGUGCAACUGGUUGCAACUUCCAUAGUUAGGCCUUAAAUAAAAUUGGUUUAUAACCUGCCAUGUAUUUUUAUACAGUGUAGAUUCGAUUUAGUUUAUUGAUAACUUACAGAAUAUUAUAUAUUUUAAUUCCUGUGCCAAAUGUCAAACCUAUUGUGUUAUGAAAGUCUGUUCAGAAGAAAGCAAAAGUAACCUAAUUAUCUAAAGAGAAUAGUAAAUAUUAUGACUAUGUAGUGUGAGAUACAUAAUUUUUGAAAGUGAAUUAUUAAAUAGAGAAUUAAGAGAAUAUUUGCUGUUAAUCUGUGCCACACUGUUGUUGUUGUUUUUUUUCUUUAUCGGGUGUAUAAAUGUUUUUUUUAAGAUGUGGAAAUUAUUUAGUUGCUUUGUAUAUCACUGUGAGUCUACAAGACACAAUGAGUCGUUUAGACAAAGUAACAUCGGGCUUCUAUUUUGCUUUUAGUGGAGACAACACCUCUCACUGGGUCAUAUUUUACCAACCUGACUCCACCCAGUGUGGAUUUUUGUUCUGUUUACAUUAGAUACAGUUUUACUUUUUUUUAAAAUUAUUAUUAUUAUUUCUGCUAAAUACACUGCUUGGCCAAAUAAAAAAAAUUACAAAUUCUAAUAUUUUAUUGGACCGGCUUUAGCUUUGACAACAGCAUGCAAUCAUCAGGGCAUGGUUUUGAUAAGCUUAUGGAAUAUCACAGCAUUUAUUUCUAUCCAGGGUUGGUUUGAUUUUUUUCUUUUUUGCCAGGAUCUUGUAUUGAUGACAGCAGUGUCAGGCCACUGUGAACAUCACAAAGAUUCUCAAUGAGUCUGCGGCCAAUUCAUGUGUGAAAACGAUGAUUUGUGUUCCCUGACCUGCUCUUUCACAAUAUGAGCAUGACAAAUUUUGGCAUUGUCAUCUUGGAAUCUGACCGUGCUAUCAGGAAAGAAACAAACAUUACUCGCCAUGAUGUAUGCAUCACUUCAUCUGCCUCUUUUCUUACCCCAGUGCACCAAUGACUCUGGAACAGGGACCUCAUCAGACAACAUGCCUUUAUUUAUUUAUUUUUUACAAUGCUCCAGAGUCCAAUCUUUAUCCUCCUGAAGUGGCAUUAAAUCAAGUUCACGACCACAGGAUAUCACACGAUUCUUUAAGAAAGAGAAAUUACUCACUGCAUCAAUUAGGGUCCAACCUGUUGCCAUCUGAAAUUUCACUAUCUGUCCAAUGGAAGGAUCCUAACUAUUUGCUUCAUUCCAGGUGGUGACUUUUUUUUUUCUGGGCAGUAUUUGUUUCUUAUACAAAUUGUUGGAUGAUUGUUGGAAAUCAGUUUGUUCAGUUUCCAGCGUCAUUCUGUUUCAGUGCCAUGUUUCAUUCAAAGUUGAUCUCCAUGUGCCUUUUGCGGGUGUGUUUGUUGGCGAAAACAUCUUGACCAGUAUCCUCAUGCAUUAUCCAGCCUCACCAGGGUGACAGUAAUUUCUAUGAUGGUUAAAACGGUUAACGUUUACAUAACCGACAUCAUGCCAUCAAAUCCAGAAACCCUAAUUUUUAACGUUUCUGUAAACACUCAUGAAUGUUGUUGUUUUUUUUAUGACUGGCAUUCACCCUGUUCUGUCCUUUUAGGUGUGACAAUAGCUUAUUUCAUGUUUAAUUAACCUGCUCUUUAAUCAUCUUACAAGAAGACUGUGUGGUCUGGACAUGUUUUUAUAAUAACAACAAGGGGUCUGCUUGUUCUAGUUGUUACCACUGUUCGAGUAUUGUAAUCCUCAAAAUUGUCUUUUAUUUAGUAUUCAUGAAAAUAUUAUUAUUAUUAUUAUUAUUAUUAUUAUUAUUAUUAUUAUGUAUUUUCUGCGCAGCCAGACAAAGUAUUCAUGUUCGCCACUGCCAGACAACCAAGAGAACAUUAUACUGUGAUAAUAAAUCAGUGUAUUCCAAUGCUGUGUAUAUGGAAUUGUAUGUUUGUAUGCGUGUGCGUGUGUGUGUGUGGGUCAUGUUGAUGAAGCUUGUGCAAUAAAUGUCCCUUACUUAAUGUCUGUGCUUUAAUCUAAAGUUGUUUGUUGUAGGGCGAUUUGAAAACAAAUUAAAAUAAACAUCUGAAACCUUGAAAGCA